AUGGCGGGACGAGGGCGGGGCAUGACUCUGCCCGCUUGGAUGACAGCCGCGGGAGGUCAGCCUCCACCAGCGGGCGGCGGCCCGCUGAGUCCUCCGGGAGCACCGGGGCCGGCAGGAGGGCCUCCCCAGGGUCAGUUCCAGCGGCCACUCGGAGCACCGCCGACGGGCUUCAGCGGCGCUCCUGGUGGUGGCGGGUAUCCCGGCGGUGCGUCGUAUCCGGGGGCCCCUCCAGCCAGGCCGCCAGGCCAAACCGGCCCCCCCGGGCAGGCCCAGUAUCCCCCAGGAGCUCGGCCUCCUGUUGCGCCAGGAGGGUAUGGAGCACCGGGACAACUUGGACCUCCGCCAACUGGGGCGCCCCCUGGGCCAUCGGGGUUUGCAGCGCCCCCCUCUCUUGCCCCUCUUCCCAGGCCUGGAGGGACUCCCCCGCCAGGGACCUUUCAGUUCCCUCCUCGACCGGGUUUUGGACCCCCAGGCGGCGCUCCCCCGGGCGGCCAACCGGGCUUCCCUCAGGGAGCGAGGCCGCCUUUCCUCGGGGGCUCCCCAGGGGCCCCUCCCGGGUCGUUCUCGCCAACAGCCGGUGCGCCGCCCUCCGGCGCCCCUCCUGCCGGCAUGGCCCCCGCCGGCGCGGCCCUCUGGACCGAGCAUAAGUCGCCCAACGGGCGCACCUACUACUUCAACAAGGUGACGAAGCAGUCCGUGUGGGAGAAGCCGUUCGAAAUGAUGACGCCCGAGGAGCUCAAGAACCCGUUCAACAUCUGGAAGGAGCACACCAACCCCGACGGGCGCACGUAUUACUUCAACAAGAUCACGAAAUUGUCCACGUGGACCCUGCCGGAGGACCUGAAGGCAGCGAAAGAAGCGCAGGCGGCGGCGGUGGGAGGACCGCCCCUGGGGGCGGGUCCCGGUGCGUCCCUUGCCUUCCGACCUCCCCCGGCCAUGUCCCCUUCUCCCGCCAUGGCGCCUUACGUCCCGUCUCCUGUGACCCCGCUCACUGGCGCUUCGCCGGCCGCGCUGUCUCCCGCGCCGAUGCUCCCGACGCCCGAGCAGGCCGGGAAUGGCGUGUCGGUCAAUGGGCGCGCCUCCGCUGAGAAUCUGAAGGAAGCGAAGAAGGCGCAGCCCGUUGUGGGGAAGAUCAACACUACCCCCGCAGAGGAGGUCAAGCCGACCCUCAAGAACGAGCCUCUGGUGUUCGCUAACAAGCAGGACGCCAAGAAUGCGUUCAAGGAGAUGCUGGAGUCGCAGAAGAUCGGGCUGGACUGGACGUGGGAGCAGGCGAUGAAGAAGAUCAUCACUGACAAGCGCUACGUGGCACUCAAGACGCUCGGCGAGAAGAAGCAGGCCUUCAACGAGUACCAGACGCAGAAGAAGAAGGCGGAGAAGGAGGAGCAGCGGCUGCGGCAGAAGAAGGCGCGCGAGGACUUUCUCACCAUGCUGCAGACGUCCACGCUCCUCACCGCCACCACGCGCUGGAGCAAAGCGGUGGUGAUGUUCGAGAACGACCCGCGGUUCAAGGCCCUCGAGGAUGAUCGCGAGCGGGAAGACAUGUUCGAGGAUUAUCUGUUGGACCUGGAGAAGAAGGAGAAAGAGGAGAAGAAGCGCGAGCGCAAGAAGCACAUGGACGCAUUCCGGGCCUUCCUUGAGACGUGCGACUUCAUCAAGUCUACCACGCCGUGGAGGAAGGUGGCUGACAAGCUUGAGGAGGACGAGAGCGCAACUAAGCUGGAGCGGGUCGACAAGAUGGACGUCUUCACGGAGUACAUCCGGGACCUGGAGAAGAAGGAGGAGGAGGUGAAGCAACUAGAGAAGGAGAAAAAGAGGCGCCAGGAGCGCAAGAACCGGGACGCGUUCCGGGACCUGAUGAACGAGCAUAAGGCAGCAGGGGAGCUGUCGGCCAAGACCAAGUGGAAGGACUAUCUCGAGAAGGUCAAGGAGGCCCCCGCCUAUGCAGCAGUUGCGGGGAACGCAGGAGGAUCGACGCCGAAGGAGCUCUUCGAGGAUCUGAUCGAAGAGCUUACGACCCAGCUGCGGGACGAGAAGGCCAAGGUGAAGGACGCGCUCAAGGAGGGGGCGGUGGCGCUGAAAAUAACGUCGGCCACCGAGUUCGGCGACUUCCAGGCUGCGGUGGCGCAAGCAGGUGACUUGGCGGCCAUCUCAGAAACGAACCUUAAGUUGAUCUUCAAGGAUCUGCUGGAGCGCGCCAAGGAAAAGGAGGAGAAAGAGGUCAAGAAGAGGAAGCGCCUCGACGAGGACUUUGUCGAGGCCCUGCGUGCCACCAGAGCCGUGUAUGUCGACUCUACGUGGGCCGAGUUGAAGCCGCUGGUCGAGAAAGACCCUGCGUACAAGCUCAUUGAGGAGCCGGACCGCGUCCGCAUCUUUGAGGAGUAUUUGGCCCGCCAGAAGGCGAAGGCGGAGGAGAAGGAGAAGCGCCACCGCGAGAAGGACGACAAGGAUAAGGACAAGGACAAGUCCCACAAGCGAGACCACGAGAAAGACAAGGACAAGGACCGCGAGCGCAAGCGCGACAAGGGCCGCAGCGGCCGCGAGAAGGAGCACCGGGGACGCGAAAAGGAGCGCGACGUCCCCCCCCCUCCGGAGGAAGACUACAAGAUGGAGGACGCGGACGCCCCCGAAAAGGAACACGAGUCGGAGGAGCGGCGCCGGGAAAGGCGGCACCGGAAGCGGCAUCGGAGCGCGAGCGGAGAACCGGAGGAGGGGGGGGAGAAGGAGCGGAAGCACCGGCACAAGAGCCGCGACGAGAAGAAGGAGAAGAGCGCCAAGAAGCACGGCCACGGGAGCGAGUCGGAGGGCGAGGGGCGUCACAAGUGGCACCGGUCGCGGCACGGGGACGCGGGCGGGGGCCGUGCGGAGGGCGGGGAGAAGAACCGGGAGGAUGGCGAACUGGACAGCGAGGAUGGCGAGAUUCGAUAGGCCUGCCCGGUAGCAGAAUAAGUGCUCAGUUUGCGCUUCCUUCCACGCCACAGAGAUGCUUCUUCUCUUGGCGGUCCUGAAAGACGCUGUGCGAAGAUGUAUGGAGCGGGAAACGGUCUUUGAGUGGAGAAGGAACGAGUGCUAAUGAUCUGCUGUGUUUUGGCCUGAGGCGGCUUCUCGGUUUUGGAGGACUUGAUACACGCAAAGGGAACUGCUGUUUGCAGACAUUUGGUUAAGG